UGAUAAGGACUGCGAUUAAGUUUUACUAGUCACACUCCAGCUGCUGAUUCGAGUCUAUUCAAGUUCCUACUGAAAGUUAUGUCUCAACAAAAGGCCCUGAUACUGGAGAAAGCCAAAGGCAAAUUCAUUGUGUCCGCAGUACCUAUAUUAAACCCUGGUCCUGGACAGCUCUCCAUCAAAGUCAUUGCUACUGCUUUAAACCCGGUCGAUUGGAAAAUCCAGGCUUGGGACUUUAUUGUACAGAAAUAUCCAGCCAUUCUUGGUAUAGAUAUUGCAGGCGAUGUAGAAGAGGUUGGUGACGGUGUUCAAGGCUUCUCUAAAGGCGACAAAGUAUUUUGCCAGGGCUAUUUUUCAAAUGAGAUGGCUAGCUUUCAGCAAUAUACAUUAAUUCCUGCAGACAUAGUUGGCAAGAUUCCUUCCAACAUCAGCUACGCUCAAGCUGCAACCAUUCCCCUAGCACUCACCACUGCCGCGGUUGGUCUCCUACACGCAAAACCCGAAGGAGGAGGUCUGAACCCCACCUUUGAUCCCAAGAUUAACUUUUCCGGACAAUCUGCAAUUGUUGUCGGUGGAGGGACAUCAGUCGGUCAAUAUGCCAUUCAACUCCUGAAGCUGCUCGGUUAUAGCACGAUCAUCGUGUAUGCCUCUGCUCGUCACACCAACAUCCUGACAGCAAUCGGUGCAACGCAUGUCAUUGACCGUGCAAAGGUGCCUGUCAGUAGUUUGGCGGAGGUUGCGAAGGAUAUUGUGAACGUGCCCAUCACAAUAGCUUUUAAUGCAGUCGGGAAUAAGGAUUCUCGAAUGGCUUGCAUCGAUGCUAUUGUGGAAGGUGGCCAGAUAGCUGAUGUGGACCCUGAGGCCAAGAAUGAUGCCCCAGAGAAUGAGAAGAGAGUGUUUCCCAUUAUUGGGAGUUCGCACGUUCACAAAGAAUUUGGUCGUAUCCUAUGGAAAAACCUUCCAAACCUACUUCAAGAAGGAAAGAUUGUGCCCAAUCAGGUGGAGGAACUUCCCAAUGGCCUUGCAGGAAUUGACGAAGGUUUGCAGAAAUUGAAAGCAGACAAAGUUAGCGGUGUGAAAUUGGUUGCCUUCCCUCAGGAAACAGUGUAAGAUAUUCGAAGAAACCUCUUUUUGUAAUUUUUGGUGUACAUGAAAUCAUUCAAAUACGGAAUCGGUUCGCGAUAGCGAAGGAACUCUUUGGGGCUUGGACCUAGGUGGGCCCUGGGUAGCCUUAAGU